AAUACAGAAGAUAAGAAAGGAAAGGAAAAUAUGUGCAUAGUAGAAUGAUAUUCUAUCAAAUACGUAUUUCUUUCACACGAGACAAUUAUAUAUUAUUCACAAUGUCUUUCAUACUUCCAUCCAUAAAAAGAAAAGAUUUUUACAGUAUUUUCUAUGCUUUUCAAAAACAGGGUCCAUUUGGACCCUGGUUGGUAGUACUAGGGUUAAUGGCACUUUCAUUAAUUAACUCAUAUCUCUGUCAAAAAGGCGCAUGGGCCCAAACCAACUUAGGGUUUUUCACUACUGACUAUUCCCUACAUGAUGAAAAUAGUCUGAGUCGAAAAGCUUUUAAUCACCUCGAGAGGUUUUCUCCUGAGAAUAGUUCUAAGGUCUAGUAAAUACCUAGAAAUAUAUCUCUGUUCAUUCUGCAAGAAUAAUGCUUGCAGUUAACAUUUUAAGUCAGAAUUCAUAUUAAGCAAACUUGAAAGUUAUCCAUUUGGUUUAAUCGUUACCCGUUACAGUCACGGUUACCAGAGUUACCAGAGUAACGGCGGUAACGGUCUACCUCAUACUAGAGAUACCCAAAGUUAAUCUAAGAAUUUGACAAUAUGAUCAUCUUUAUCCUUGUUUUCUCUUCCUUGAGAGGAAGAAAAGCAUACAUUGAUGUCUUGCUUACGAGGAUACGUACAUUAACAAUUCCAUUGUUCUACUCUAGGACAAAAAUAUCCUACAGAAAAAAGUCGGAGCAGAAAUUCUCUUUCAAGUUCAAUUAGUCUGGAGAAAAAUGCAUAAUUUUGUGUACGCGUACUUUUUCUUGACUCUUGUUUAUAGGUCAUAUGGAAAUAGUUAAAAUAGAAACGAGUGUGCGGAUGUUAAUUCAUUUGAUAAUAAACGUGUUACACCCAUUUAUUUGGCAUGUGAAAACGAAUGUUUACCAGUUGUUAAAUACUUAUUAGAUUACACAAAUGCUGAUGCAACUAUUCGUAAUGCAAGAAGUUAUAAUUGCUUAGAUAUAUCAAUAGAAAGUCAUCAUGAACCUAUUGUUGAAAAAUUACUAUUAUCUCAUUAUAAGGAUUGGGAAGAAUUAAUGAAAAAUGCACAAUUUGAUCAACGUAAUGUACCAAUAACACCGAUGAGAAGAUUAAUUAUAUAUAUGCCCGAUAUUGCUGUAAGACUAAUUGAUAAUAAAUUGACCAAAAGAAUUGGUGGCAAUAAUGACCAAACAAUGUAUGAGUACGGUCAAUUCAUACGAUGGAAUACAAUACUUAAAGUAUACUAUACAUACUUUGUCUAG